AUGCCUCAUAUAGUUGUCGACAAGUCAGUUGACUUAGACUAUUUUACAGACAACAACGCGUCAGGCGGAGAUGGAGGAAAUCACUUUCACUUCAUCAAGAAGGAUGAUGGAGCUAUUCUCACAAAAAUCAAGGCUUGGAAGAGAGACUGGCGUAUAAGUGCUGUGGAAGUUUGGAUGAGCGAUGGCAGUAGCUUCCUCGCCGGUAAACGCGCUGGUGAAAACAGUGAAUUCAAAUUCAGACCAGGCGAAGUGAUAGCAAAGCUCAAUGUCCAGGCAAGUGGGCCGUAUUCUUCUGUUUUGCACAGGCGCCGUCUUGGAGCAAUUUACAUUCAAACAAAUAAACAAAGAGAGUGGGGAAUAUAUUGUCACGGAAUAAAAAAAGAAGAUGACUACUGGCCUGACGUUGGUUCUGGUAUUUGCUGUGGGAUGUUUGGAGGAGCUGGAGAUGCGGUUGAUCGUUUGGGUUUUGCAAUGCUUCGACCGAUUAAAAGCUCAAUUUUAUGUAAUGUAACGUACCCACGACUUGCUUCGGACAUUGUAGCAACCAAACCAGAUAUGGUCGCUCAUCAAAUCUUCAGGAAUGGCAGUGGUACUGAGCAGUCGUUUACUUUGAGUGGUAGUAGAAGUGUGACAAUACAAAGGGAAUGGAGUAUGUCCACUGAGAUGUCUAUGACUUUAAGUAUAGAGGUCGAGGCAGGAAUACCAAUAGUGGGAUCAGUCACGACAUCGACAAGCUGGACUGUCAGCAGCACAUCUACACGCAAAGUCUCUAAAACUACGACAAAGACACACACAUAUACAUGGCCACUGAAAUGUCCCCCGUAUACUUCAAUCCUCGGCGAAGCUACCAUGUACGCUGAUGAUAUAGAUACUCCUUAUGAGGGCGAAGUGAAAAUUACGCUGAUUAAUGAGAAGUCUUACACGUACAAGGUCAAAGGCACGUAUAAGGGGAUGAAUGCAAGAUCCGGAAUAGUGACGAUAAAGCGAUUAGGCCCAUACCCUAGUAAGGAAAGUUCUGAAGAGGAAGACAUGUAUCAAAUAUGGUCAUGGUAA